GAUAAUCGUACUGUAGCAAAUGGAGUGACCUCAAAUGAAACCCCUGUUGGUCCGGUAUCCACAGUACACCAGUAUGGAUUGAAAUCUUUGCCAACAUUCCCCACUUUGAAGAUUCCACUGACUACAUUUGUACCCGUUCCUUCCCUACCAAACCUCACAGACUGCGGCUACUCUCCGGCGCCCCUCUUCACCUCCAAGCCCCCAACCGUUUCAUCAUCACUGUUCACGGCUGCAUUCACAGCAGCAAUACAUUCCGCUUUCCCAACAGACUUCACACAUUUCCGUGCCAAAUCUUGUCAACCUCUCGGACGGGUUUCUAACUUUUCCAGCCAAGAAAACUUUUCUUGGCCAUUAAUCCUAGCAGAACAGAAUGAUGAAAAGCCCUUGGAUCUAACUUUGACCACCAGAAAUGACGCAGAUGUCAACCCACACAAAGAAUCUACGUUACUCACAUCCUCAAAAAGUACACGGAACAUUGAAUUAUUGGUUGCUAGCCCAUCUACCUCAGUAUGGCGGAAUCCUCGUUCAGCUCCGAAUAACACGUCUCAAACACAUACAUUAGUGCAUGAAUUGAUACAUGUCCAUGAACCACACAUUCCAUUAUCUUCGGCACGACACACCAUCCACCAUUCAACAUCCAUCCACCCCACAGGACCGUCUUACAGGCAGCGACGAAAUACCGUUGUAAAACAAUCCUGUAAGGGUUUAGACCAAUCUACAGGUCCAUGUGAAACAGUGCUCACAAGAGUCACAAGGCUAACCAACAGACUAAGGCGUUCCGUUUCGACUGAGUCAACUGUCGAAAGAACAACCCCUGUCAGCGAUGCAGAAGAAUACCGUAGUAUAAGUCCCCGAACAUCUCCUUCCUCCGUACCAGUGAAUGAGACAAGGCAGCGCAGAUCUCAAAGUGCAAAUGAAAGUAAACCCAGUGAUGCCACCGACGAUGGCGAUUUAGAUGACACUGCUUGUAAUACACUGUCUACAGUAAAACAGAUAGCUACCUCCCAACCACAUCAGCAAACCCGCAUACCUUCUACCACUUUCCGAAAUGCGAAUUGCAAGUUGGAGUACAGUGUAUAUAAUCCGAGAAUGCGUCGAUUUCCAGAAAUGACUCCCAAAGAGAUAAAAGAUGCUGCUUAUUGGGAGAAGCGGGUGCGGAACAAUGAAGCUGCACGACGAUCACGAAGAGCACGGAAGACAAAAGAGGCCACUUUGCGAGAGUAUGCAGAGAAGUUGGAAAAAGUGAAUGCAAAACUUCUGGAAGAAAUCAGCCUACUGAGACAGGAAGUACACAGACUGAAAUCUGAUAAAAACGAAAAAACCUGAUGUGUUUCGAAAGUCUAGGCCUCUAACUAUUCUCAGGAUGUAAAACUGUGUUACUUGUUCAUACUUUUUGUUACGGCUCACUAUAUGUCUCCAGCUAGUGUAUAUAGAAAG